CGCAACCCUGUCGGUGAAUCGUUAAGCCUACAUCCCUAAAAAGUAGCGUUUAGUUAAUUGUGCAAAAACAUACAAAAAUGUUCAAUUCAUUUAGUUUGUGUAUGCCUAUCCAUCCAUUCGAUGGCAACACUGCUGAGGCACGCGAUAUGACCAGAAGAGGGCAUCCCGACUAUCCUUGUCUUGCAGUCUGAGCGCACGAGCAUUUGCCAGCACUCGAUUAUUCAUUUUCUCUCAUCAGGACCAGUUGCGACCAGACUACAGAGCGAGAAAGGCGAAACACGGCAAAUACUUUAGGCUACAGCAAAAACCAGUAAUCCGCUUGGUUGAAUCUCACGCAUACACUGGUGCUUGCUGACUGGAAUACACGCUUACACUGGGAAUAUCAGCGUAUUGUGUUGCUUGUUCUAGAUUCAAACCGCAGAUAAAAUAUAUAAACUUAUUUUUAAAGUGUAUUUUUUCAAGGUAGACUAUAUGCGGUUAAUGGGCUUUUUCCGUCGUCAUCUGUUGAAUAGACUACAGUGCUUUUUAUUUGCUUAUAUACUUUGAGUCGUGGUAUGCAACUGAAAUAAGGAUAGAUAAGGCUACUCCAUACUUAAAAGACUUUAAAGCAAAGCAGUAGCUCUGCAGUGCAGUCCGUUUGGCCGAGGAGCAAAGUGGCUGCAUUGGCUUCGUUGAGCGGGCUAGUUCAGCUGUGUUGGUUAGGCUAUUUGUCCAACCAAGUGAGGACUGCGCGCGACAUGCGGGCUUUGGAGUCAAGCAUCAGAGGGCUCUAACCUAUGAAAAGGAGCCGACACCACGAAAACAUGAUGGGAUCCCUGAUGCGAGAUAGAUGGCUCAUGAUCCCAUUGUUGAUGCAGGGCUGGCUGCUAGCGUCUCCAAUCAGUGUUCGUGAGCGCCCCUGUCCUCAAAGCUGUAGAUGUGAUGGGAAAAUAGUAUACUGUGAAUCCAAUGCCUUUCGGGACGUGCCAAACAAUGUGUCUGUGGGAUGCCAGGGCCUCUCUCUGCGCUACAACAGCUUAGUGAAUCUCAGCGCUAGUCAGUUCUCAGGCCUCAGUCAGCUUGUUUGGCUUUAUCUCGACCACAACUACAUUAACUCAGUGGACAGCCAAGCCUUCCAUGGGGUACGGAGGCUGAAAGAGUUGAUUCUCAGCUCUAACAAGAUCACACAGCUACAAAACAACACUUUCCAUACUGUCCCUAACUUACGCAAUCUUGACCUCUCUUACAACAAGCUGCAAGCCCUCCAGCCCAGUCAAUUUCUGGGCUUGCGGAAGUUGCUUAGUCUCCACUUGCGGUCCAAUUCUCUGAAAACUGUCCCAAUGCGGGUUUUUCAGGAUUUGCGGAAUUUGGAGUUUCUCGAUCUUGGCUAUAAUCGAUUGCGAAGCCUCACUCGAAAUGCCUUUGCUGGGCUGCUCAAGCUGAUCGAACUUCAUUUGGAACACAACCAGUUCUCCAAGAUCAACUUCUCUCACUUUCCCCGCCUCACCAACCUGCGGGCACUCUAUUUGCAAUGGAACCGAAUUAAGUCAAUAAGCCAGGGUCUAACCUGGACAUGGACGGCCUUGCAAAAGCUGGACCUUUCUGGAAAUGAACUGCAGAUAGUGGAUUCCAGUACAUAUCAAUGUCUCCCCAACCUACAGACCCUGAACUUGGACUCCAACAAGCUUAGCAACAUGUCCCAGGAGACAGUGGAUGCCUGGAUCUCCCUGACCACCAUCAGCCUAGCUGGUAAUGUGUGGUACUGUAGCCCCAGCAUCUGCCCCUUAGUGGCCUGGCUGAGGAACUUCAAGGGGAACAAGGAGACCACUAUGAUUUGUGCUGGGCCUAAGGAGGCCCAGGGAGAAAAAGUGAUUGAUGCAGUAGAAACAUUUAGUAUCUGUAAGGUCACUCCCACCACCCCUUUUGUCUCAACCGCAGCCUCCCUCAACACCCCAUCUCAGUCUGAGCUCCUGCCCCUUCCCACUUUGUCCAGGGUUGAUGAGGAGUUGACCCGCAGUGGUACGGCCAUCCCCUCCCCUUCUGGGGUCUCCCCUACCACCCCAGAGCAGGAUUUUGAGUAUGUAUCCUUCCAUAAGAUUAUUGCUGGCUGUGUGGCACUUUUCCUGUCGGUGACUAUAAUUCUCCUGGUUAUUUAUGUGUCCUGGAAGCGCUACCCCAGCAGCAUUAAGCAACUCCAGCAGCGCUCCAUGGUCAAAAAGCAGCAGAAAAAGGUGCAGGAAACAGAACGCACCCUCAGCUUGCCUCUGCAAGAGUAUUAUGUGGACUACAAACCUGCAAACUCUGAAACUAUGGAGGUGCUGGUUAAUGGGACUGGACCCUACACAUACACAAUCUCAGGAUCCAGAGAAUGUGAGGUAUGAUGCGUCACCCUCCUAAAAUCCAUUUCCACUGCGAGGCACGAGAGGUACCACAGCAGUUGAGUGCCCUGACGUUGUACAGGUAUGAACAGCCCAUAGUGGACUAGUGCCAGGCCCGUGGGGCACUGCACCUCAACAUGGGCUUUGAGCCCCCCUUCCAGCCACAGGGCUGUCUGAGGCCACCGGGUUGCAGGACAGGUCAUACUGCUGGUCUCCCCUCUGCGCACACCGCCUCACUCACGCGCACGGACCCCCAGUCCCCCCAACAGUGACCUGUGCAGACGGGGAGACCAGACAAGCACUCCCCUCUCCAUCUGGGCUACUGAGCAUGGUGUUGCUACAGUACUGUAUACUGCUGCAGAUUGUGAGGGAGAACAGCUGCAAAUCUGUACUGAGGAAUAACAUUCUGACUGGAGAACCUGUUAUUCAUAGAGAUAAUUAAUUUAUACCUUCACUAAUAAAAAUGAAAAUAUUCAUUAAUGGAAAUUAGAGAGCACUGUUACAAGAUAGCAGAGCGUAUUUUACCCUUUGAUAUCCACUAUUACUGAAAAUAGUCCAAAUACACUAUCACAUUCCUUCUGCUACUGAAAUGGUGUCCAGCAUCAUGAGGAGAAAUUGAAAUGAUUACAUGAUUCAUUACUCUCAUUGAACUUAUUGACUCAGUUGCUCACAGUGUUGGAACCUUCCCUGUGUUAAGAAAGUAAUUAAAUACAAAAUGCAAUAAAUAUAACUGGGGAAACAGUAGGGUGAGCAAUGGAAUAGCAGAAUAAAUUUAAAACUAACAGAGCUGAAAGGUUUUGUGCUGCUUUUUCAAAUAACACUGCCAGUCAGAGAUCUUAUGCGUUUUCAAGUCCCCGUAGAGAUUUCAUCUCAAUAAGUGAGCCACUCAAAUGAAAUGAUUCACAAGGAGAAGAGAAAACUUGGUAAGUAAUGGGCACACUGUUUUCAUGUCAAGUGUACAGCUGACAUUUCUUUGCCAGAACUAUGUAUUUUAAUGGAGAUUUUUAUUAUGUUAGUGAUUUUUAUGUUCAUUAUAAUACAAUGCAAUUUUGUUUUAUUUAUUUAGUACAAGAUGAGAAGUAGAACAUUGAUGAGUAAUAGGAACAUUGUUUUCAUGUCAGGUGUAGGCUACAGCUGAUAUAUUUUGUCAGAAAUGCAUUGUUUGUACAGUAUUGUGUUGAUAUUGUUUAUAUUCAUCAUGAUCAUCCAUCGCAUUUUCAUGAUUAAUGACAAUUUAUUUUAUAUUUAUGUUUUUAAAACAUGAUUGUAAUAUCAUCUCUGUCUCUCACAUAUCAUGUGUACUUACUGAAAGGGAAAACUUUUAAUGUGACCUCAGAUCAUGGCAUUCACCAAGAGAUCAGCAAUGAACUCACUCUCACACUCUUAGAAAACAAAAGUGCUAUCUAGAACCUAACAGGGUUCUUCGGCUGUCCCCAUAAGAGAACCCUUUGAAGAACCCUUUCCACAGAGGGUUCUACAUGGAACCCAGAAGAGUUCUACCUGGAACCAAAAAGGGUUCUCCUAUGGGGACAGCCGAAGAAUCCUUUUGGAACCCUUUUUUCUAAGAGUGCAGAGUGGAGAUGGAAAACUUUGUACAGGAUGGUUUUGACUGAGACUCAGUACUGUUUCACAGCUGUGGCGCAGUAGAUCAACCAUCUUUGAUGUGUCCCCUCUUCUCCCAUGUCUGCUGUUACAGUAACCAUCUUUGAUGUAUCCCCUCUUCUCCCAUGUCUGCUGUUACAGUAACCAUCUUUGAUGUAUCCCCUCUUCUCCCAUGUCUGCUGUUACAGUAACCAUCUUUGAUGUGUCCCCUCUUCUCCCAUGUCUGCUGUUACAGUAACCAUCUUUGAUGUGUCCCCUCUUCUCCCAUGUCUGCUGUGACUGUUACAGUAACCAUCUUUGAUGUAUCCCCUCUUCUCCCAUGUCUGCUGUUACAGUAACCAUCUUUGAUGUAUCCCCUCUUCUCCCAUGUCUGCUGUUACAGUAACCAUCUUUGAUGUAUCCCCUCUUCUCCCAUGUCUGCUGUUACAGUAACCAUCUUUGAUGUAUCCCCUCUUCUCCCAUGUCUGCUGUUACAGUAACCAUCUUUGAUGUGUCCCCUCUUCUCCCAUGUCUGCUGUGACUGUUACAGUAACCAUCUUUGAUGUAUCCCCUCUUCUCCCAUGUCUGCUGUGACUGUUACAGUAACCAUCUUUGAUGUAUCCCCUCUUCUCCCAUGUCUGCUGUGACUGUUACAGUAACCAUCUUUGAUGUAUCCCCCCUUCCCCCAAGUCUACUAUGACAGUUACAGUUUUCAUCAAGCAGCCUCUUUUGGAUGUGGUUCAUACUCAUACACCACUUCAAGGACACAUAUGUAAAUAACAAUUCCCAAAGAACUUGUUCAGUAGUAUGAAUAGGUGUCAAAUAAUGUGUCUGCUUUUUCAUGAACACAAGUCAUUUCCCUAUGAAGAGGAGCAGCCUUAUCUGAAGGUCAGAUGAACUUGAACAUUACCUGAUUUGGGUGUGUAGACUGGCUAUGAGAGUGUUGUCUGACAUUAUGGGAAGUCGGGCAACUUGCAAAAUUUGCUUGCUGUUUGAACAAGGUGUUAUCCAGAUUUCCAUGAAUUAAACCAUGUAAAAUAUCAGCUUUAACUGUCAUCACAGGAUAAAAUUAUAUUUCAAUUGAUUUUCCGAUCAAUUGUUUUUUUAUGCUCAUUGAAGAAGAAAUGUCUGUGAACAUUAAAAUUGCUUUUUCAUUUGUUUACUGGGAUGUUGUUUUUCUUUUCAUACCAUGAAAUUAUACUGCUUAUCAUUUGUCUGGGAGUGUGGUUUUCUGGGAUAAUGUAGACCACCUGUAAUACAGUGCUGAAUGAGAACUUUGUUGUUUUUCAUUUUCUGCAUCAAAGCACCGCAUAUCUGAGGAAUUGAUGAUUGUAACAAAG